AUGCGCGGCGCGAGACAUCUGACUCGCCUAGCCGCCGCGCUGUGGCUCGUGACGGCCCCAUCCGUCUCCGCCCAGAGCCUGGGAUCGGUUCUGGCGGGACAGGCCAACCUCACAACGUUCCGCAGGUUGGUGCAGGAGAACCAGGAUGUAUACACAGACUUGCCCAAGGACGGCGUCACUAUCAUCGCGCCAAACGACGGCGCGUUCGUCAAGGGGCAGGGCUGGGAUUCGGACGAGUCGAGCAUCCCCAAGUGGCUUCAGUACGGCAUUCUCUCGGGCCGCCACGCGCUCGAGAAGCUCGCACCGGGUGACACGCAAACCAUCCCGACGCUCCUCACAGACAAACGAUUCGCCAAUGUGACAAAUGGACAAAAGGUGCUCGUCACAGUGCAGCCGGGAGGCGAGGUGGUACUGACGUCGGGCGCGGGCACUCAUGUCACAGUGGUCAAGGCCGACGUGCCCUUUGACGGCGGCCUCGUGCAGAUUAUCGAGUCGCUCAUGGUGACGCCACGGCGGCUUGAAGGUUCGAUUCGUGACUCGUAUACAGACCUCACGGGCUUCCUCGGCGCGCUGUACCGGGCGGAACUCGUAGACGAGUUCGCCGAGACGGCCAACUCGACCAUCCUGGCACCCCACAACGCUGCGUGGCAGCGGUUUGGGGCUGGGUUCGAAUCCAUGGGUCGCGAAGAGCUGCGCCGUGUGUUGCGAUACCACCUCGUGCCGGGGCGGACGGAUCUGCUCAUCGCCAACGGCAUCAUCCAGGUCGUCGAUGCCGUCCUCAAUGUCGACGAGGGCGGUGCCAAGCCCGAUGUCACGGCCUCGGCGCAGGCUCCGGCGUUUACAUUUGCCGAGGAAGAGGCGAGCGGUACGGGCACGGCGGCCGAUGUGCCCUUCACGUCGGCGCUGCCCUGCACGGCCGAGUGCACAACGGCAACGAGCCGGGGCCCGCAGGCGACGGGGGCCACGGAGGGCAACGGAGGAGGUACGGCGAACGGGGAUGAUGCCGACAGCGCAGCCGGCAGGGCCAGGGAGAUGGCCGGGGUCACAGGGCUUUUUGCAGGCAUCCUAGGUAUCUUGUUGGCGUGA